AUGAGAGGGCUGCGCCAGGAAUCCUCUGAUGGGUCUUCAAGCCAAGGAAGAGAAUCACAGAACGAAGAAGAAUCCUUCAGAUAUGGAAGACAAGGGGAUGAAGAUCAUCAACAUCUCAAGGGAAAACAGAGGAGCGUUGAUGGAACUGUUCCGUUCUCCCUGAAAAUUGGGAAAUUUGUAUCCAGGGAACCCUCGUUACCUCCACAACAGAGGGAGUCUGGGAACCAGCUCCGGCAGCAGUAA